AUGGCGAACCCUACCCAACAACAAAGAACUCGCCUCCAAGAAGGCAGCUCCUCGGGCACCGCUACGCCAACGUCCGGCUCGCAGACUCUCGUCGAGCCCCAAGCUUCUUCAUCCAACCCCUCAGCCACCCUCCGCCUUCGCGCCUCUCCCGAUCAAGCGAGCGCUCGACAUAUUCGCUGGUCUUCCGAUGUCAUUGACAACGAAGGCAUGGGCAAGAAGAGCAGCAAAGUAUGCUGCAUAUACCACAAACCGCACGAGCCCGGCGAAAGCGAUUCGGAAUCUAGCUCGAGCAGUGACGAUGACAGCAGUGACGAUGAGCCGGACCUGAGCCGUGCACAGAGAGGAGGAGGUGGAAGAGGCAGAAAGCAUGGCACGGGCGACAAGGGCGACGGUAAAGGGAAGGGUAAGGAGAGAAAGCCCAGCCCGAAUGCCUACGAACGACAGCCCAAGUACAAGAGCAAGAACGAUGGUUGA